GGUGGAAAGGAGAGAGGCGUUGGAGUUCAGUCAGCUCUUCUAAACUGAGAGAGUCCACGCUGCAGCCCGCCUGCUCUCAUUGGCUCUCUCCUCCAUCCCUGCAUCCUCUAACUCAUGAUACAACUUCCACUUCAGCUCCAACUCAGCGGCUGUAGAGCCUUUUCCGAAACACUCUCUCUCUCUCUCGCUGCCUCUCUCUUGCACUCGUCCAUGUGGGAGGAGAGUAAUUCAGUCUCUGGGCCUGUUGAACAGUCGCUGAGCAGCAGGAGAGAGAGAGACAGAGAGGCAGAGAGGCAGAAAUUGAUCAGUGUUUGGAACGCUCAUCGUUUUCUGUUUGUCGCUCAUUGUGGAGCUCAGGGAGGAGAUGGACGGGAAGAGUUGGAUGGAGAGAUUAGCGAGGAGUGAAUGUGAGCUGGAUGAUAGCUGGUACUAUAAGGACGACAAGAGAGUGCUAUGUGCAGACAGAGUGGGCCAGAUGACGAAGACCUACAAUGACAUCGAUGCCGUCACACGUCUGUUGGAGGAGAAAGAGAGAGAUUUGGAGCUGGCUGCAAGAAUCGGCCAGUCGCUCCUCAAGAAGAACAGAACUCUGACAGAGCAGAAUGACUAUCUGGAGGAACGAGUCGGACAAAUCACUGAGGAGGUGGCCCAGCUGCACCAUGAGCUGAACCUGAAGGAUGAGCUGCUGCAGUUUUACACCAAUGCAGCCGAGGAGAGCGAAGAUGAGUCCAGCAGCUCCCCGACGGGCAAGAAAUGCAAAGUGGAAACAGCAGGAGGCUUCGUGAGCGACACACUCCAGAGGAAACUCAAAGACCUGGAGGAGGAGAACCUGUCGCUCCGCUCAGAGGCUAACCAUCUGAAGUCAGAGACGGAAACAUACGAGGAAAAGGAGCAGCAGCUGGUCAAUGACUGUGUCAAUGAACUCAGGUUGUCCAGCCUGCAGAUCUCUGCCAUAGCGGAGGAACUGGCUCGUAAGACGGAGGAUGCUGCCCGACAGCAGGAGGAGAUCACACACCUCCUCUCUCAGAUAGUAGAUCUGCAAAAGAAAGCCAAAUCAUACGCGGUGGAGAACGAGGAGCUCUCUCAACACCUGGUGGCAGCUAAAGACGCCCAAAAGCAGCUCACAGCGGAGCUCCAGGAGCUGGAGGAGAAAUAUUCAGAGUGUAUAGAGAUGCUGCAUGAAGCCCAGGAGGAGCUGAAGAACCUGAGGAACAGGAACUACCCUGCGGGAACACCCCGACGCUUCCAUCCCCUGGGCCUGUACCCCAUGGUGAGGGACCACAUGUGUCCAUCUGCGUGUGUGUACAUGAAAUCAUCCUUCAGUCCUUCACAAGUUUUCCUGUUGCAGGAUUCUCUGGCAGCUGAGAUCGAGGGAACAAUGAGGAAGGAGCUGAGUCUGGAUGAUCCUGAGUGUGAGGAACAGAAGAGCCAUCGGAAGCGUGUGUUUGAGACGGUUAAGAACGUCAACCAGACAGUCCGCCAGCGUUCUCUGACUCCGACCAACUCCAACAUCCCGGGCUCCAACCAGUCUCUGUCGGCUCGCACUUCGCCACAGUCCAGCGGCCUCUCGACACCUCACUCUAGCGUGUAUGGAGGUGACAGCAGCGGAGACGGCAUCGGCAUCGCCCUAGACAACCGCACGCAGAGUAUCCUGAUGGAGACGGCAUCCAAUCAGGAUAGCAGCAGCACGGAGGGCCGAGAGAAGAAGGCCAGCGGGGCCGAGGACCUGCGGCUCGCCCUGCGCCGCCUGUCUCUGAGACGACAAAACAACCUGAGCGAGAGGCGCUUCUUUGAAGAGGAGAGGGACCGCAGACGGGGAGGACACGGAGGUCUACACGAUACUGAGAAUGUGAUGACUCCUUCAGAAAGCAUCAUGUCCCUCGGGAACCUCCACAUUUGGGCCUCACGCGGGCCCUACCUCCCUGACAAACUCCAGAUCGUCAAACCGCUUGAAGGCUCUGCCACCCUGCAUCACUGGCAGCAGUUAGCGCAGCCUCACCUCGGGGUGAUUCUGGACGCCAGGCCAGGAGUCGUGCCAAAGGGCUACAGACCCCUCGAACUGGAGCUGGAGCAGGUGUAUCCAUGGGGUAGCUUUGAGGAGGAAGAGCCAGGGGAGCAGUACUUCCAGAAUCUGCCCACCUCCACGGCCUCCGCCUCACCAGCCGUUUCCUCCACCUCCAGCACCGCCGACACCAACCUCGGGCAGACUCCACCCACCCUCGCUCCACCAUCUCCCCCCUCACCAUCGCCGUCGCCACAUCUCAGCAACACUGACGUCCUGGCUGCGUACUACCCCGGUAAAUGCAUGGCCCACACCAGCUCUACCUACACCUUCACAACCUGUCGAAUCCUCCACCCGACUGAUGAGCUGACGCGGGUCACGCCAAGCCUAAACCCAGUCCCAGCGUCGUCCUCCUGCGUGAUGACCAGCACUCUGUUGGGUACUCCCGCCGUCACACCCUGCACCCCCCGCAGGCUCAGUCUCAGGCCGUCCGAAUCCUCAACGAACCUCAGAGAAGCAACACGCACCACCAGCACCUCCCUUGGGUUAGUGCGCCUCCUCCAGGAGAGAGGGAUCUCAGCAGCGAUGUAUCACCAGAGCCAGGGCCAGGAGUACGGUCAGGGCAACGGAGGAGUCUUAUUCAGCACUUCCAUCGCUCCCAACCGAGCACCCAACCCCGACACUUUGCGUCCCUCCACCCCUCCCAACUCGCCCACAGGACCGGGCGCUUCAGCCGUGCCGACCCCAGUGGGCUUCGACUUCAAGAGCCCGUCCUACGACAACUUCCUGGCCUCCAAACCGGCCCGCUCCAUUCUGAAGGAGGUGACGGGGAGGAUGAGGGGCAGGCAGAGAGGGAGGGACUGCGAAAGUCAGACGGACGUUAGCGUGACAGUCCACAACCUCAACCUGCUGGACAAGGUGAAGCGGCUGGGUGUGGCUGGAGCUUCAGGGGGCAGAGCAGUGAGUCCCAGCCCCAUCCUGGGGCCUCUGGGCGGGCUGCGCAGAUCCGGCUCCCCUUUUGGGCCUGAUGGAAUGAGGAGGAACCGGAGUUAUCCAGCUAUGGUUGGUGCUAGCAUGGCCAUGAAAGCCCCGGGGCCCCAGGAGUAAUCUGUGCUGCUGCUGGCCAUUACUGAAGCUGAGAAGGAGUCAGACAGGGUCCGGGGCUGACUGUUGAGCAGUCAUCCAGAGCCCAAACACUGUUCGUCCUGUCCGACGAGGCACGACUGACCAGUUUCUAAUCACUACUGUGGUUCAACACGGACACUAUCCACUCUUUAGUGCUUUUAGAUGGUGACUAAAGGAUGCAUUUAAAGCAAAAUGAGUUGGUUCGUACAAAAUGCAUCAACCUCUUUGAGUAUGUAGUCAACCAAAAUAAUUCUGGUUUUAUGUGCCCAUUAUAUGAGACACUGUAUCUCUGAACUGUCCCAGAGAGUCCUCAACACAAUGAAGGCAAAAUCAAGUCACAUUCAAAAUCCUCAGUUUGUCCUCACUGUUACUCUGGAUUAGCAAACUGGUCAUUUAAAUCGUCAUAAUGAAAGCUUCACAGUGUGUUCUGUGGACUUUGCAGAGUAAUGGAGACGUUAAUGGUUCACAAAGUGAUCAUUGCUUUUAAAUUCAAGCCAAAUUUUUUGCCCUGACCAAAUAUCCGAACAAGAAUUUAAUAUAUUUGCUAUGUAAUCUGGUACAGACAUCAGUGCCUCCUUUUAAGAUUUUUUUUAAUGACAUCUGACAUCUCCUCUAGUAUCACCAGGUCAGAAUUUAAAUUUGACAGACACUGCUUUCUUCCAAGCAUCCUCACAGAUAUCUAUAACUCUGGGCACAUAAAACCAACAUUAUGUAAUUUAAUUUUAUGCAAUUCGGCUGACCGACCCAUUAAAAGCAGAGUACCUUAAAGGAAAGCUUUUAAGAUAUCUGUCUGGUUAAAAAUCCAAUCUCCCUCUGCUGUCCGCUCACAUCCCUGCUUUGGAGACUGACUCUGCUGGCUAGAUAUAGUCCUCCCACUCUUGCCUUUUCUGAGAGCCCACACGCAUCCAGACACAAACAAGUGCACUCUGUUACAUCUGCCAAUGCACUAGAUGGUUACUUGUAGUCGCUGUAGCACUAAUCCAUCUCUAUUGUUGGAUUAAGAUCUGUAUUUUAUAAAUGAUUUUAAAAAAAUACUUUACACCAAAUACAUGAACAUGUCACCCUCACCCUCACUCCCUCCUCUCCCUUCGACCUCCCCCUGAAGUGAUCGUUUGUGAGUCUGACAAGUCACUUUCAACUAAUCAUUGAAUAGAUCUUAUGUCAGUAUUAAAGAUUAUUUGGUUUGGUUUCCUAAUUGGCCAUUAGACUGGGAAGCUGAUGGUGCUUCCAAUGAACUGGUCGAUCAAUAUGCUGAAGCCACAGCUAACGAAGAGGAGGGAGGGAGGGAGGGGCGAGGGGAGUGAUCGCGGCUGAUCAGUCAUUGUGCUCGGAAGCUUUUGGAGAAAUGAAGCAAUACAGUGCCUCUACCAUCUGAUUUUUAUAAUUUAUGUUCUUCAUGCGUUGGAUUCAAGGGUGUGAAAAAGUUCCCAUUGUUGCACUUGUUUAUUUAUUUAUAAAAUCCCAUGAGUAUAAACCCAUGAAAUGUCGUCUCACAUGUGCUCGCUGACUGUAUAUACUGUUCAUUGUCACUAGAACUGUGAGUAAAGACACGCUAAUAGAGGAAUCGUUACGUGUAGUGCAUAACCAUGAGCCACACAUCACUGUAAGUACUGGGUCAGCAUGUGAUGAGGCAUUUUCUUUUUCAAAAUAAAAAUUCAGUAAUCAAA